GGUGGUGGCGGCGGUGGGGUGGCGGGAGCGGAGCGGCAUGGCCACGGCGGCUUCUAACCCCUACCUGCCGGGGAACAGCCUGCUCGCGGCCGGCUCCAUUGUGCACUCGGAUGCGGCAGGGGCCGGUGGCGGCGGAGGUGGCGGUGGCGGCGGUGGCGGGGGAGGUGCAGGGGGCGGCGGCGGCGGCAUGCAGCCGGGGAGCGCCGCCGUGACCUCGGGCGCCUACCGGGGGGACCCGUCCUCGGUCAAGAUGGUCCAGAGUGACUUCAUGCAGGGGGCCAUGGCCGCCAGCAACGGCGGCCAUAUGCUGAGCCACGCGCACCAGUGGGUCACGGCCCUGCCCCACGCCGCCGCCGCCGCCGCCGCUGCCGCCGCCGCCGCGGUAGAGGCGAGCUCGCCGUGGUCGGGCAGCGCGGUGGGUAUGGCGGGCAGCCCCCAGCAGCCGCCGCAGCCGCCGCCGCCACCACCGCAGGGCCCCGACGUGAAGGGUGGCGCCGGGCGCGAUGACCUGCACGCCGGCACAGCGCUGCACCACCGCGGGCCGCCGCACUUAGGACCCCCACCGCCGCCCCCGCAUCAGGGCCACCCCGGGGGUUGGGGGGCUGCCGCUGCUGCAGCCGCCGCCGCUGCAGCCGCAGCCGCCGCCGCCCACCUCCCGUCCAUGGCCGGGGGACAGCAACCACCACCUCAGAGUCUACUCUACUCGCAGCCCGGGGGCUUCACCGUGAACGGUAUGCUGAGCGCACCCCCAGGGCCCGGAGGAGGCGGCGGCGGCGCAGGUGGCGGCGCCCAGAGCCUAGUGCACCCAGGGCUGGUGCGCGGGGACACACCGGAGCUGGCCGAACACCAUCACCACCACCACCAUCACGCACACCCGCACCCGCCGCACCCGCACCACGCGCAAGGACCCCCGCACCAUGGUGGCGGCGGUGGCGCCGGGCCCGGACUCAACAGCCAUGACCCGCACUCGGACGAGGACACACCAACGUCGGACGACCUGGAGCAAUUCGCCAAGCAGUUUAAGCAGCGGCGCAUCAAGCUGGGCUUCACGCAGGCGGACGUGGGGCUGGCGUUGGGCACGCUGUACGGCAACGUGUUCUCGCAGACCACCAUCUGCCGUUUCGAGGCCCUGCAGCUAAGCUUCAAGAAUAUGUGCAAGCUCAAACCGCUGCUGAACAAGUGGCUGGAGGAGGCGGACUCGAGCACUGGCAGCCCCACCAGCAUCGACAAGAUCGCGGCCCAGGGCCGCAAGCGCAAGAAGCGGACCUCUAUCGAGGUGAGCGUCAAGGGCGCGCUCGAGAGCCACUUCCUCAAGUGCCCCAAGCCCUCGGCGCAGGAGAUCACCAACCUGGCCGACAGCCUGCAACUCGAGAAAGAGGUAGUGCGGGUCUGGUUCUGCAACCGGCGCCAGAAAGAGAAGCGCAUGACACCGCCCGGGAUCCAACAACAGACGCCGGACGACGUCUACUCGCAGGUAGGCACCGUGAGCGCCGACACCCCACCACCGCACCACGGGCUGCAGACGAGCGUGCAGUGAAGGCCAAGGGCGCAGUGCGAAGAGGGCCGCCGCCUCCGCCACCGCCUCCGCAGCCGCAGUCAGCACCGCCACCACCCCCGCUGCCGCCGCCGCCGCCGCCGCCGCCGUCGUCGCCGUGCCGCCGCCACCACCACCGCUGCUGCCGCGCUGACCCUGCACCUGGGCCGCACCGGGCCCCAGCCUGGGUGCAUCCGCCGCCCUCCCCUCCGCCCAAAGACAGACAGGCAUGCCCUUGGAGGAAAAGACGAGGGAGAAAAGGACCAAGGAGACAUUUUUUUGAAGUCCAAGGAAGGAGGGACCAAAAAAUGAAAAAAAGCAUAAUAAAUACCCAGACUGUUUUAUAUACACACAUAACAAACAAAACCUGAAGAGGAAAAGGGGCAACCGUGAGAUCCCGUCUGUGCUGUGGUGGUGUUUUGUUUUUUUAUUUUAAAGAAGGGUGACUUUGCCUACAGCACCAAAACUGCACUCUUAAGGUGUACCCACCCUGAGAUGUCCUACAUGGCAGCGGUGGACAGCACCUGCCUCGGCCUCCUCUCUUAAAAAAGAGAGAGAAAGAGCCCCCCUCUUUCUUCCACUUCCUCCCAAAGGGCUGCCUAAGAGCUGCGCGGAAACUUUCCCUCCUCGGAGGGACCUGAAAGCAAGCACCAGAUCUCCUCGGGGGUCUAACUCUGUGCUCCAGGACCCUGUUUUUCUUGGCCAUUUUAAAGUCGUUUGGGAAGUGGCAACUCAACGAUGAAAUGGGAAGGAGGGGGAAAAACAGUCUCGAGGCAAAGACAGAUUCACAGCUUCUGAAAUUAACAGACUGAAUAGCAAAGCCAAAAGAAAGUAUCCUCAAAGUAACCUUGGAAAUAAAAGCAACGCGAAAGAGCCGAGGAUGGGCGAGGGAGAUCCGGACGUCCGGCCGCAAGUGGCCAGAGGCCCGGGGCUGGCUGAGUCCAGCGCGGUUGGGCUGACAGGGAGCGGAGGCCCAGCCACCGACCCCGGCUUUGCCGGCAGCCGUUGGGGUGGACCAUCAUGCCUAAAGAUUCCACCGCUAAUAUUUUUUUUAUUAAUAUUUUUUAUUUUUUAUUUCUGGACUGACUCAGAUAAAGGGAUUUAGAAAGACUGAGCACCAGCCGCUGCACUUCUCUUGACUUCUGUCCUCAAUCCGUUGCCAACUUUGAUUGAAUGGGUGCUGUGGAUGUGAUUAUAUAAUACUGCCAUUUCCAAGCAGUGUUUUUGGUAGGUUUUAAUAAACAGACUUUUCAAAAGACGGCAAUAUAGAAUUGUUAGAUCCGUUGUUGAUCUAAAAAUAUUUGCUUUAUAUUUUCAUUAAAUGACUUCUUUUAAUAUUUUAUUCAGAAUACUUAUGAACUGCUGCAAAACGGUAAUUUAUUUUUCCCCAGAUCUUGUAUUACCUGUUUUUUUCAGACGAGCACAAAUCAAAAUGAAAUGAAAAUAUGGACAGUUGUUAGGUAAUAAGGGUAUCUUUUGAUGUGAUCAUUUGAUUGUAAUUUAAUUUGAGUAGUGAUUCCGUAAGAGCUGAUCGAGAAAAUAAAUUUGUUAGAAUGAAA